AUGAACCCAACCGUACCUACCGUAUAUUCCCCUAUCCCAUCGUUCCUUAACGAUGACGACGGCAUCACCUCAUCUCAAACCCAGGUAGGGAACAGGAACUCGGGCCAAAUUGCGUGUCCCAGCCACAAUGCUCCGACAGCAAGCCGCGCAUGCCCAGAUUGCACCGAUGUCGAAAGAGCACUUCCACUUGGCCAAGGCGGGCAAUUUACUGCCUACCGAUCAUGGCCAAUCAAGCUCAGACUGAGCUAUGAAAAACAUUUCAAACCCACCAAUUUCGUAUCUCGCGCUGGCGGAAUCACAUAUAUCGCUUUCUGCUACGGGUUCUCUAUCUUCCUUUUAGCCCCAGAAAAUGCUCCGCAGUCCGCCCGUAUACCCCUCUGGAUCCUCCUUGACUAUAUGAUGGCAAUCAUGGGCCUCUUUUUGUGGAAUAGGAAUGAAAGCCUAUUUUCAGUCUGUGCGCAGUUCAUAGGCUCAAUUCCUCUGUGGCUUCUACUCUUAGGUUUCAUAGACGCUACUGAUACAGUCCUUCGCUCCGAGCAUCCCUUUCAGCCCUUUUUCGGCUAA